GCACCACUGCCGUCAGUCUUCCGCUUGUCAGAAACACACGCGCCUGCAACGAAACAUGACUGCGGCUGUUGUUGUCCGAAGGUUAGCCGCUCUGUCCGGGGCUUCGGCGGUGUCAGCGGGGGCGUACGGGGCUCACGGUUUCAAAAACAGCGACCCCGAUGACUACCAGAGAGUGCUGUUUGAAACCGCCAACAAGUACCACUUCUACCACAGCCUGGCCCUGCUGGGUGCCGCUCACUCCGGCAAGCCUGCUGUGGCUGGCACCCUCCUGAUAGCGGGCAUGGGGAUGUUCUGCGGCUCCCUGUACCACCAGGCCCUGACGGGGGACCCCGGUCUUCGCAAGAUGGCUCCCGUGGGGGGCAUGGCUAUGAUCGUCGGCUGGCUUGCCAUGAUUCUCUGAGCUGUAACCGCUCACCUCCCUCCCUCCCCCUCCCACGGGGGCCACUUACGUGGACACAAAAACUGUCGGGCUGUCAUAAUUGAUGAACCGGAGAGCUUGUGGGAGUUGGCCUGAGAGGCUGAGUUAUGUCACCCAUCUGAGCCACGCCCCCUGUUCUCUGUGGGGGAGGGUGAGGGUGAGGGGGUGUGUCAGCAGGAGAUAAAGCCACAGGAUUAUCACUUUGCUACCGUUGAGGCCUGUUUUUCUGAUUGGUGUCACCGAGUUAAAACAGAUGGGCAAGUGAAUAGAGCGUGACAUAACAUUUUAAACGUCAUGUCGGUGGUGUGCUGGGAAUGAGACGUUUUAUAACUUGCUUUAGUGCCGUUUCUACACUUCUGUAGAAAAGUGUAAUAAAAUAAAAUGAAAUGAAAUAAAUGUUUUUUUUCCUACAUGUUA